AAAUCUACAUACAAUCAACGGUGACGGACAAUUCCCAGAAGAGACAUUGGCCUUAAAGUUGACGAAUUUACCAAAAGACGCUCUGUGACCUUCUGCCUGGCUGUUUGAAUUUGGACUCAUCCACUCGGCAAAGAAAAGCGAGGAAAAAUCGGCAGAGCGAACGCUCCACAUCCACUUGAUGACCCACUGGAGAGCAGGAGGAAGUGUCUCCUAGUUGGCCUCCUCGAGUCCGCCUCAUUCAAUGUCACUUGCCUCGAGGACGAGUGUUAAGUCGGGCGGCAGCGAAGUGGAUUUAAGCCAACGGAAUGCCAGCAUCCGGAAUCUCUUUGCUCCCACGCCCGGUCAGCUGGCCAAGAGGAAGGAAGCCCGUCAGAGGAGCCGCAGCCAGAGCAGCUUCUCGCUCCAGAGAGUCGGCCAGGAGGGUAUUGGAUUUGCCGCUAAUGGGACUCCAGCAGGGAAUGCCGAGCAACAGCAGCUGCAUCGCUCCACCGGGAAGCUGGCCGGCUGGAGCAAUGGCCAUAGCUUCGAUGAUGAUUACGACCGGCCAGCCGCCUUGGGCAUAAAUCAAUUGCCAAUGACUGCGAAUCAAUCGGCAGUGAGACAAUACAAUGGCCAGGACAAUGCCGAGUCGCAGCCGAGUUCCAACAAUGGCUGGAGUGCAUUUGAAUUGCCAAUGAGGCCGAAUCGUACUCGGAACCUGGCUCGGACUCGUUCUCCGGCCGAGGAGCACAAAAACUGGAGCUCAACGAGCCAGCUGGAAAAUUUUAUUAACAGCAACGAGCAGAUGCAGCAGCAGCAGGACCCAUACCCAUACCAAAACCAUCGCCAGGACAUUUCUGUUGACUUUGGUAAUGAAAUGACCUGGGGCAAAUCUGCUGAGAAAUCGUUGCCAUUGAAUCACCUGAGCAGCACGAGCACGAGCAGCCCGAGACAAGGAGGAUUUUCCCAGCAGGACGACUGGGAUUUCAACUGGGGGCCAGAGUCAGAGCCCGGGCAGCGCGAAAGUUUGCACAGCCAAAGUUAUCGACCGGCGGCGGCGCAGUCAACGCCGCUGGCAGAACGCCUGCAGCGUUUCCGAUACCGCCAGCAAUUGCAGCAGCAGCAACAGCAACAGGAGGAGGAGGAGCAACAAGGGCAUAUCACUGAUAUCAACGCUUACAAUAGCCCCUAUGCCAAUCAGCUAUCAGCUGAACAAAUAGGCGUAGCCAAUUCUUGGAGCCAAUCAGUUGGUGGUUUCUAUUCACUUGAGGCUGGGGAACCGGCUGAGCAGGAGUACCCUGACCCAGAACCAGAACCUAGAAGAGAUCUAGAGCCAGAUCGUGUGGUAUAUCCCGACUCGGAGCCGGAGGACGAGGAGGCAGCACCGCGAAAGCGUAUUGUCAUCCGACGGCGCAUUGUGCGCAGCAGCAACGCCACCAAAUCCGGAGGAAAUACCACCUCUGAGGAAGCUAGGAGCACCACUGCCACCGAGGCUGCCAGGAGCACCACCACCGAUAAGUCAGCUGCAGGUGGCUCUGGAAAAAAUCUUGGCUGGCUGACCAGACUGCGUAGCUUUGGAGCCAGCAACAGGAAGAACUCCUUGGAGACUGCUGCAGCAGCAGCAGCAACAUUAUCACUUAGUGGUAGCAAUCACUCCGCAGUAGACACCAGCAGCAGCAUCAGCUGCAACAAUAAUCCAAUCAUGGCUGUCCUGCGUACCAUGAAGCUAAAGGAGCGCCUGGUCAUCAGCCUGGGCGCCACCUUGGUCCUGCUCACCCUGCUUCUCAUCGUGGACGUACAGAUGGACUUUGGAGUGGCCAAUCGCCAUCUGUUGCAGCAACAGCACCAGAAGAUACGGCUGGGCAAUGAUUACGAUGCCACGGGAGCUGGCGGCGGAGGUGGAAUGUUGCACGAGUUCAAGCGCAAAUUCCUGCAAAAGAGCAACUCAUCCGGCUCGAAGGAGGCAUCCACACAGGCGGCGGCAAGUCAGAGCGGUGGGGCAACCAGUGGCCAGGAGGCGGCAGCCGGAGCCUCCGGUGGUGCUGCCGGACCCGGAACAGGCGCUAGCAUCUCCACCCGGAAGCCCACCCCACACGAUCGUUAUGCGGAUCUGCAAAAGCACCUGCUCAGCGACGAGUACUCGCAUGUGAUUGUGGACAACGCGCCGGAUGUGGGACGGGACAAUCCCACGCUAGCCGAGAUGCUACAUCGCAAGGCCAGUGCAAAUGCCAGCAAUUUGGAGCGCUUCCAAUUGCGCAUCACGAAGAAGGAGCUGUAUGGCGAACAGGACACUCUGGUGGAUGCGGUGCUACGUGACAUGAUCAAGCUGCCAAUACAGCAUGUUGUGCAAAAGGAGGGCGGCACCCAGCUGAAAUUGAUCAUCGAGUAUCCCAACGAUAUCAAGGCCUUAAUGAAGCCGAUGCGGUUUCCGAGGGACCAGCAAACGCUGCCCAACCAUUUCUACUUCACGGACUAUGAGCGCCACAACGCCGAGAUUGCCGCCUUCCACCUGGACAGGAUACUGGGAUUCCGUCGUGCCAUGCCCGUCGCCGGUCGAACACUGAACAUUACGACCGAAAUUUAUCAACUGGCCGAGGAGAAUUUAUUGAAGACGUUCUUUGUUUCGCCAUCGCUGAAUUUAUGCUUCCAUGGCAAGUGCUCGUACUAUUGUGACACCUCGCAUGCCAUUUGUGGCAGUCCGGAUAUGCUGGAGGGUUCCUUUGCCGCCUUUCUGCCCAGCUUUGAGUCCGGCAAUCGCAAGGGACGAAAGCUGUGGCGGCAUCCCUGGCGACGCUCCUACCACAAAAGGAAGAAGGCCCAGUGGGAGACAGAUGCCAAUUAUUGUGCCCUGGUCCGGGACAUUCCGCCCUACGACGAGGGCAGGCGGCUGUACGACCUCAUGGACAUGGCCGUCUUUGAUUUUCUCACUGGCAACAUGGAUCGUCAUCAUUAUGAGACAUUCAAGGUCUAUGGCAACGAGACGUUCCCCCUGCAUUUGGACCAUGGCCGUGGCUUUGGGCGUCCCUAUCACGAUGAGCUCUCCAUUUUGGCGCCGGUGCUGCAAUGCUGCCUCAUUCGCAAGUCAACGCUCGUUAAGCUGCUGGAGUUUCACAAUGGCCCCAAGACGCUAUCGCAGCUGAUGAGCGAGUCGUUGAGCCAGGAUCCCGUCAGUCCUGUGCUGUGGCAGCCACAUUUGGAGGCACUGGACCGCCGGACCGGCAUCAUAUUGCAAAGCAUACGGGAUUGCAUCAAGCGAAAUCCACCGGGCGAUGUGGAUGCAUCCGAGGCGGAUCUCUCCUCGUAGCAAUGAGGAGAGGAGCGGAGAGGAGAGGAGAGCAAGAGUGGAACAAUAAAUCAUCCUAGAGCAUUAGCUUAAACCCCUAGCUGUUAGUCGCGUGUCCUCCUGUGUGUGUGUUUGAAGCAAAUAACAAAAACAAUACAAUUAGUGUUAAUGUUUGUGGCAAUCGAUCUUUGAAAAAGGUCAACGUCCUAAGUGAAAUAAUUCCCUGUCGCUCUGUCUGCACAUACCAAAAAAAAAAACAAAACAAAAACAAAAGAACAGAGGAAAGCCAGCAAAUCAGCAAAAGAGCCAAGAAAGGAAAGGAAUUCACUCUAAUGUUUAUACUUUUCACCUAGUUUUUGCUGGGCAUUGAUUGGCAAUGAAAAUAGAAAAUAGAGUGUACCUCCCACGCAAUCACACUUAGUACUGUCCUAUAUAGUGGGUGCCAAAACAUAAACAAGGACAUAUUGUGCAAACAAACAAGGACUAAGGAAAUCUUAACAUGUUGCCAGCGUGCGUCAGAGGGAAACUUGUUCAAAAGACUAUCAACGCAAAACACUAACAAGAACUAAAACUGAAAUGAAAACUACUGAAAAAUUCAAAACUAUUUUCUAAAUAUUUAUUUAUAAUUUUUUUCAUACAUUUUACAACUUUUACGUGCAUACGUUUUUCUUCGUAUGCAAAGUGUGCCCCUCGUGUCCUGUACCCUGUACCCUCCCACAGACCCGAGCCCAUUCUCAAGAAAAGUUGUUGCAAGUUUAGUUCGUAAGUUAACCUAACUUUUAUGAUCGAUAUCAGGCGUAGCUUUAUCCGAUUCCGGGGGCGAUAUGUCCAUCGGGUCGUCUUAUUAGUUAGUCCAAUCAGUUCCAGCGAGAAUCAUGUAUGUACUUCACCACGUGGGAAACUAAACAAAAGAACUAAGAGAGAACUACUGUUAACAGUCUAAUUAUUACUAUUAUCGCGUACAUAGCUAAGUUACAUUUGUUUUUAUUAUUGUAACGUUUUUCAAUUGUACCUUAAAAAAGAAAAAACGGUUGCUAGAGAGCGAGCAGAAAUCUGCCGAAUUUGUUAAUUGGCCAAGAAGAGACAGGUAAAGAGAGUAAGGAAACAACAACUAAAUUGUGUUAGGAUUAGUAAAAUUUUAGUGAAAAUUUCUGAUGUAAUUAAUAAAAAAAAAGUACCAA